UCCUCCUCAGCCUCACGCCCUUCUAUAAAUCCGCGCGUCCCCUUUUAAGCUCCGCAGAGCUCCAAUUGUACUUCCUGCAGCUUCUCGCGCCUGAACAUGUGAGGGUCGCCAUGCUAAUCCCCCCGCUUGCCCGUGCCUGCCGGCCAGGCCUCCGAAGCUGGCAACCUCAACCUCUAUACUACGCGACACGAGUCUUCACCUCCAGCCCGCUCCACAGAAAAGACGCCCACGGUCACCGGCCUACGCAUCGUCCGCCACCCCACGCCCACACCCAUCAUCGGCCAGCCCCCGGAACCAAAGAUGCGGUCCAGAAGACAAGGGCAGCGCAGCCGGCGAGACCGGAUAUGCUGACGGAGCAGGUGGUCUCUACCAAGGACCAGCGCAAGGCCGACUGGGCUAUCAUGAAAGAGAUGUCGAGGUAUCUGUGGCCAAAGGACAAUCUGGGAACGAGGUUCAGGGUGGGCUUGAGCGUGGGGCUGCUUGUCGGCGCAAAGCUGCUCAAUGUGCAAGUUCCCUUCUACUUCAAGAGCAUAGUCGACUCCAUGAACAUCGACUUCAUGGCCGUGGGUGGGACGGCGUGGACAGUGGCCGGAUCCAUGAUAGUGGCCUAUGGCGCAACCCGUAUCGGUGCUACCCUUUUCCAAGAACUGCGCAACGCCGUCUUUGCCAGUGUCGCCCAGAAGGCCAUCAGGAGAGUCGCUUGUAGCGUCUACGAGCAUCUGUUGAAGCUCGACCUCAGCUUCCAUCUGUCCCGCCAGACUGGUGGUUUAACGAGAGCCAUCGAUCGAGGAACGAAGGGCAUAAGCUUCUUGCUCACAUCCAUGGUCUUCCACAUAUUGCCAACCGCCUUGGAGAUAUCGUUGGUCUGCGGUAUCCUGACCUACCAAUACGGAGCUAAAUUCGCCCUAAUCACCGGCGUUACAAUGGCUGCAUACUCAGCCUUCACUAUCCUGACCACAUCAUGGCGGACCAAGUUCCGGAAGCAGGCCAAUGCUGCUGAUAACAAAGCCGCAACUGUCGCAGUUGACUCCCUCAUCAACUACGAGGCUGUCAAGUACUUCAAUAAUGAAAAAUACGAAGUCGGCCGAUACGACAAGGCGCUGCAGGCUUACGAGAAGGCCUCUAUCAAAGUCGCUACGUCCCUAGCCUUGCUGAAUUCGGGUCAGAACAUCAUCUUCUCUAGCGCGCUGACGGCAAUGAUGUAUCUUGCAGCCAGCGGCGUUGCAGAAGGACAGCUAACUGUCGGGGACCUCGUCAUGGUGAACCAGCUGGUCUUCCAGCUUUCGGUGCCCCUGAACUUCCUUGGUUCCGUUUACCGUGAGCUGAGGCAGAGUCUGCUUGACAUGGAGACUCUGUUCAACCUGCAGAAGGUCAAUGUUGCGGUUAAGGACAAGCCGGAUGCUAAGCCGCUGCUGUUGUCUUCCGGCGAGAUCAAGUUCGAAAACGUCACGUUUGGCUACCGCCCUAAUCGCCCCAUUUUCAAAAACCUCAACCUCACCAUCCCCGCCGGCAAAAAGGUCGCCAUCGUUGGGCCUAGUGGCUGCGGAAAGUCUACCAUUCUCCGACUCCUGUUCCGAUACUACGAUACGCAAGAAGGCCGCAUUCUGAUUGACGGCCAGGACAUUCGAGACGUGAGUCUAGAAAGCCUGCGCAAAGCCAUAGGGGUGGUGCCUCAAGAUACCCCUCUCUUCAACGACACGAUCGGGCAUAACAUCAGAUACGGUAAUCUUGAAGCGUCGCAUGACCAGGUCAUCGAAGCAGCCAAGCGAGCGAAUAUCCAUGAAACUAUCAACCAUUUCCCAGAUGGGUACCUGACCAUGGUGGGAGAACGUGGCAUGAUGAUAUCAGGGGGAGAGAAGCAACGUUUGGCUAUCUCCCGUCUCAUUCUAAAAGACCCACCUCUUCUUUUCUUCGAUGAAGCUACCUCCGCAUUGGACACACAUACCGAACAAUCCCUGCUCUCCCACAUCAACUCCAUCAUAAAGGAGAGGAAGCGAACCUCCGUCUUCAUCGCGCAUCGGCUACGUACCAUUUACGACUCGGACCUCAUCAUUGUAUUGAAGGGAGGCAGCGUAGCCGAAAGCGGCACGCAUGAGCAGUUGGUGGACAGAGCAGGCUUGUACUCUGAGCUCUGGAGUGCUCAGGAGACGCUUUUCGCUGACGCCGAGGAAGAGAAGGAGGUGGCCGGAGACGCGAGGUAGCACGUCAGCCGAUUUUACAAUGACUGGAGGUCUCUUUAGAUCUGUUACGGACGGAAAUGGCUUCAAGGUAGUGGUAGAUGCAGGUCUCUGGUGGCCUCGCGGCAUUAUAGAAGGCUCACUUUCUCCCAUUGAUUGAGGCAUCAUCAGGAAACAUCUCGAUUUUUGUACUAAUUGUAGCGCGGAUAAUGAUAUCUCAAGCUCUUCACAACAAGGGGCGAAAAGGUCGCCGGGAGGAUGCGAACCGCGGAAGCCGGG